CACACUCCUUAUUCCUCCAGCCAGUCAUCGUCGCGUUCUCCCAUCAGGCUCCGCCGUCCUUCCUCUUCAGCCAACUCCCAGUCCCCACUCUCUCAACGGUGCCAGGCUGACCGGUCAUCUGCUCGACGUAGGCCAUCUCCGGCCUUCCGUCGUCAAUCCCAGCCCAAACCUAUGAUCUGCAGCUCAACUAGCAGAGGAAAUAGUCGAGUAGAGGUUUCACUAAAAUCUAAAAAAGCAGACAACCAUCUGAAAGCUGGGCCCCAGAGAACAGGGAGGCCCUUACAAGGUAAAACGCCUAAAUCGACGAUGUUGGCCCCAGUUUCCCGGGAGGUCAGUCCAAGCAAGCCUAAAUCGGCUUUACAUAAGAAGCGAAAGCAUCUCAUACCCAGUGCACUUUGCGAUUGCCCUGACGGGGAGUGCACUGACGACCUCCAUCAACUACGAAUUGAAGUGCGCCAGCUCACUAAUCGUCUUAUGGCGACUCCACCUGUGUUUUCUUUUCACUUACACCAACAGAUUGACUCAAACGUUAAUUUGCCCGGCCGAAUCGUGGACCUGGUUGAUUCAUCUUCUAACUCUCUCAUCAACAAUCAGAUAUCUCAGGAACGUGCUAACCUUUUGUUGGCGGAAGCUUGGAGAGCCAUUGGUCCAGAUGCCUUAUCUUCUCUUCUUUCGGCCGUUGAUAAAGAUUGCCCUCGAGACAGCCUAUGCGAGACGACUUCUCGGCCUAUAAGUCAUCAACAAUGCUGGUUUGUUAGGCAGCUUUCCAGUGUAGCCGGCAGGCGAACUCUUCGUUAUCUAAAGUCAGUGCCCGGCCCACCUGAUACUCUACUUCCAACUGUUCCAAAUCCACCUGAUACCGAAAUAUCGUGGCCGCCCUUUCAUCUUGUCUGGACGCGUCUUGCUCAUGAGCUAAUCGGUCUGUCGACUAAUCAGGUGGCCGGCUUACUAAAAGGGGAACUGUCUCUUGACGACGAGUGUCUGAAGAAGAUCGAGUUGCCUUCAGAACUGAUAGUGCCUGUGCAGCGAGAUUUGGGACUACAUGUGUCGCCUAAUUCACAAAGGGUUGAAAUUGACUGUCCCACUCAGCAUGAAGCUUUAAAGACCUCACAACUAGAUGAGGCUUCAGCCGCUAUAUUGCUAUUGAUGGCAAUCUUUUUGCCUUUGCUUCGAAUUAUGAUGCGCAUUUACCGAAUAGGUGUAAAAAGGCCAAGAUGGUUUUAG